CGGUGACACGAUAUCUAUCAAAUCUUUUUUAUAUAUAAGUAAGGGAGAAGACGACACGACAUUAUUGUUGGACUGGCCCAGUAUCAUGUCUAGCACUAGCACCUAUACCCGCAUCGCCGAUAUCCUCCCUGAUACCUUCGAGACGAAGACGGCGUCCAAGGAUGACCUCGUACCCGGACCAAAUCAAGUUGUCGUUCGAGUGACAUAUCUCUCCCUCGACCCCGCAAUGCGCGGGAUCGGAGAAGUCAUGCGAGCAGCUGGGUUGGGUGUCGUGGUGCAGGUGGGCAGCGGAAGCCAGUUCAAGGAAGGUGAUCUCGUAUCUGGGACUGUUGGUUGGACAGAAUAUGUUGUACUGGAUGAUAGGAAACUUCAGAAGAUAACACCGCCUCCAGGAUGCACAUCUCUUGACUUCUUGAAUACCCUCGGCUUGACUGGCAUGACAGCAUACUUUGGUCUCCAUGACGUUGGAAAACUCAAAGCCGGCGAGACGCUCGUCGUCUCUGGUGCAGCAGGUGCCGUCGGUUCACUUGUCUGCCAGCUCGGUAAACGCGCAGGAGCGCGGGUCAUCGGCAUCGCUGGCUCAUCUGAAAAGUGUGCCUGGGUCGAAACGGAGCUGGGCGUCGAUAAGGCCCUCAAUUACAAGUUGCCCACCUUCAAACAGGACUUUAAAGACGCCGUUGGGUAUUUGGACGUGUACUUCGAUAAUGUGGGAGGCGGUAUCUUGGAUCUUGCCCUCACGAGGUUGAACAAACGUGCUCGAAUUGCGUUGUGUGGUGCCAUUUCAGCAUACAACUCAGCGGAGUCUCAUCAAGGACUUCAGAAUUACAUGAACCUUAUCGCUCAACGCGCAAAGAUGGAAGGCUUCAUAAUUUUCGAUUACGCAUCAGAGUAUCCCAGGGCAGUCAAAGAACUGGCCGUUGGGCUCGCCGAUGGAUCCAUCAAACGAAAAUUCCAUAUCGUUGAGGGUCUUGAGAAGGCGCCCAAUGCAUUACUGAUGCUAUACUCUGGCGCUAACGACGGAAAACUGUACGUUGUUGUGGUUUGUCUCUGCCUGGCGAGAAGUAGUAAGAGCCGACAUGGACUGAUUUGGGAUUCUAGGGUCGUUAAGGUCUCGGACGAGCUUGGUCCUGGAUCUUCGAAGCUAUAAGAAGAAUGGGAAUGCGACAAGGUAUGUCUCAUGGACGCAUCCUGAUUAGAUGAGCGGCAGUGACGGGGUCCCAGAGAAGCGUUGUGCGGGUCUCAAUAGGAACACCGGUCAACGACUGGGAGUAUGAGACAAAGCAGAGGAAAGGGUGUGUGUUGGAUUGACAUGGUUACGUUACAUCGAUAUUACGACUGGUACGGGAUGAAAAUAAGAUUAUACUCUAGAACUAUUCCGAG